GAACGAGUGCUGUGCAUACGCACAAACAUACAUUUUGGAUUUUUCAGACUUUGACCUUUAAACUAAACGUGUACUGGCACAGUUUUAUUCACUGGUGGAAAGGGACUUAAAACAGAAUAUCCCACCAAGUCUCCUAUGACGCGAUGUCCUUCUAUAACUUUGUACUGUAUGUAUGUAUGCACGAAGCAAGAAGGAGAUUCUAAAUUUAAAAAAGAAGAUGUAUCAGCUUGAUUCUCUGUAGUGAGACGAGUACUAACAAUAAAAUCAUGCAGAAGUGUUUCGGAUGAACAAUUGUACGUUUCUCGCUGGCUGUCGAAGAUUUCCUGGGUGAUUUUUUGUAAGACAAGCCUGCCACGUUUUGAACACGGCUUGUUAUCCACACAAAGACAAUGGAAAUCGAAGAUGCUUUUAAGGUGGUGGGGGAAUUUGGGAUCUAUCAGAUGUAUCUUUGCAUACUUAUAUCGUUUUUGUUGCAGGUUUAUGUUGUUGCUGAAGCUAUCCUUAUUGCUUUGGUGGGUGUUGCACUUCCAUAUCAUUGGGAAUUUGAAGAAAAGCUGAUCAACCAAACUCUUGCCAAGCAGAUACAUAACGAUAGUCAAGGGUUCAUACAUUGGUUUCAUGGGGCCAAUCAAAGUGAGUUGAGGAAACACGUUCAUUUCAACAGCAGUCACACAUCUAUUGCUUCAGAGUGGUUUCUAAUUGAAGAUUGGGCCUAUAAAGUCUCUCUUACAAGUUCCUUAUUCUUUGGUGGUGUUUUGGUAGGAGUGCUGGUCUUUGGCCAGCUGUCAGAUGUUUAUGGAAGGAAAAAAAUGUAUCUUACUGGGCUUGCACUUGAUCUCCUGUUUGCUGUAACAAGUGGUCUUGCUCCAUCAUACCUGUUUUUUGCUGCUUCUCGAUUUCUUGUGGGUAUUAUGAAUGGAGGGAUGUCUUUGGUUUCCUUUGUACUAUUUAAUGAGUAUGUGGGCAGUGCAUACUGGGCGCUAACAGGUUCCCUGGCUAACAUCUUUUUUGCACUUGGAAUCUCCAUUUAUGCAUUAUUGGGCUAUUUUAUCCAGUCCUGGAGAAUUCUGGCUCUUACUGUGAAUGUGCUGGCUGUACUUGUGCUUUCAUUAUCACUAUUCAUCCCUGAAUCUCCUCGCUGGCUUUAUUCUCAGGGGCGACUAACUGAAGCUGAAGCAGUUCUCAAUUUUAUUGCUAAGAAAAACAGAAAGCAAACAUGUGUCCUGUCAUUUAAACACUAUUCUAAAAAUCAGAAAGGGAAUGUGUUAGAUCUUAUAUGCCACAGGAUUCUUCUGAAGCGUACAUUAAUCAUGAUGUAUGCAUGGUUUGUAUGCAGCCUUGUGUACUAUGGACUCACACUAAAUGUAGGCAACAUGGCUGGAAACAUCUAUGUCAAUUUAGCACUGUCAGGAAUAGCUGAAGUUCCAGCAUAUCCAAUAUGUAUUUAUUUAAUAGGUCGAAAAUGGUCUGGACGGAGACGGACUUUAGCUGGAUUUUUUUUAUUGGGAGGAAUAACCUGCUUCACGAUCAUGUUUCUCCCAAAGAAAAAAGAAACUGGCAUCUUUGCAGUUGUAAACACUGUAUCUUUGUCUUUGCUUGGGAAAACUGCCAUCAGUGCUGCUUUCAAUAUUGUCUACAUCUACUCAUCAGAACUAUACCCCACUGUAGUCAGGAAUAUGGGAAUGGGGGUGUGUUCCAUGGCAUCUAGGAUAGGAGGGAUCAUUUCACCAUUUGUGCCUUUACUGAGCCAAAUAGAAUGGUACUUCCCUUUUGUUAUAUUUGGAGCUACUGGCUUAUCAGCAGGAGUGCUAUGUUUCCUUUUGCCUGAGACUCUCCACAUGCCUUUACCAGAGACUAUAUCGGAUUUAUAUGAAGGCGAUUACAGAAGGCUUGGGAUGGAAGCAUUAUCUUUGCAAAAUAUUGGUAAUGAAAUGCAUGAUUUUGACAGAAGUUCCGAUGAUACAGAUGAUGAGUACUGUGAUGAAGAAACCCAGAUGAUCAAAUGAAAAAUGAAGAAAAGAUUGAAGGAUAAACUCUGAAAAGGGUCAUGAAGCUAAAAUCCAAUUUGUUUACAGAGAACACAUUUAGAAAGAGAGCACAAGAGUAACAUACCCUUUUGUGAAGGGUGUUUGGCCAGUAUGGUGCUAAGAUCUGUGCUUCUGAAGUUUGGAUAACUGUGUAAGACACAGUAUGUCAUCAUGAGACAGUAAUACUACAACGUAGAAUUAUAAAAGGUACUGAAUUAGUACCUAUAAAAUGAAUGUACGAAUGCUUAAGAUGGUAAAUAAAACAUUUAUUAGAAAUGGUUGAGCUACAGUGUGCAUUGUCAAUUUUUGUACUUGCUCACUAUUGUUUAGAAACUGCUGAAUUCUGACUAAAGGGAAGUGGCACGUUUAAAGUCAAACAAGGAAGUACAAUUACCCGGAAUGGUGGUAAAUUUGGAGGUGUAUAUUAUACGUUUUCUGAAAAUCAUGGUGGAGAGUCUGUAAAAUGUGCAAUGAUUGUAAUUCUCUUCUUGUGCAUUUCACAUGGUGCAAGGCAUCUGGCUUUUGAAGAGGCGGAUUGUAUAACAAUGUGGAUAAUAAAUCCUUCAAUACUAUAUA